AACAUCAGGCAACCAUGGGGAAGCGUGAUAAUCGGGUGGCCUAUAUGAAUCCUGUAGCAAUGGCCAGAUGGAAGGGCUCAUCUCAAUCAGUGGGGCCAACAAUACAAGAUUAUCUGAAUCGGCCAAGACCUACCUGGGAAGAAGUGAAAAAACAACUAGAAAAUAAAAAGAAAGGCUCCAAAGCAUUAGCUGAAUUCGAAGAAAAAAUGAAUGAGAAUUGGAAGAAAGAACUAGAAAAAAGCAGAGAAAAAUUAUUAAGUGGAAAUGUGAGCUCAUCUAAAAAAAAAGAAAAAAAGAAAAAGAAGAAGAAGAAAUCUAGUCGAUCUUCAUCUUCUUCAUCAAGCUCUGAUUCUUCCAGCAGUUCUUCAGAUUCUGAGAAUAAAAGACAAGAGAAAAAGAAAAAGAAAAAGAAGAAUCGUUCACACAGAUCUUCAGAUAGCUCUGCAUCUGAACCAGAGAGCAAGGAAUCCUUAAAAAAGAAAAAGAAAUCAAAGGAUGAAACAGAGAAAGAAAAGUAUAUUAGCAAAAAAAGAAAGAAGAUUCAUCCUGAGGAUAAACCUGUAUCAUCUGAGUCUUCAUCAGAAUCAGAUUAUGAAGAGGAGGUACAAGCAAGAAAGAAGAAAAGAUGUGAAGAGCGAGAAAAAGCAAAAAAGAAGAAGAAGAAACAGCACAAGAAACACAGUAAAAAGAAGAAAAAGAAGUCUUCUAGUUCAAGUCACAAGUCAGAAUAAUAUCAAGGAAA